AAGAGACCUCGCGAAAGCGAAGACAACGACGAUGGUGCUGGAAGAUCCCGAAGAGGACGAUGCCCUGUCCUCCUCUCGAUACCGCUACGACGUCUUCCUCAGCUUCCGCGGCGCCGACACGCGCCACGGCGUCACCGAUCGCCUCUACCGCGAGCUCGCGCUCAACGGCGUCCGCGCCUUCCGCGACGAGGAAGGCCUCGAGGGAGGGGAGGAGAUAUCGUCGGGCCUCCUGGAGGGGAUCGACGACUCGGCGGCCGCCGUGGCCGUUAUCUCCGAGAACUACGCCGAGUCGAGGUGGUGCCUGGAGGAGCUCGCGUACAUCGUCGAGCGCCGGAAGCUGUUGCUCCCGGUGUUCUACAACGUGGACCCCUCGCACGUGCGGAGGCAGGCGGGCCCGUUCGAGCGGGGGUUCCAGAAGCACGAGGGGAGGUACGGAGAGGAGGUGGUCCGCCCGUGGAGGACGGCCAUGGAGAAGGCUGGUGGAAUCUCCGGCUGGGAUUCGAGGAGCAGGGACGAAGCGGAGCUAAUCCAAUCUCUAGUGAAGAGAAUAUUGACCAAGUUGAAGAACACGCCCUUGGGAGUGGCCAAGUAUCCCGUUGGACUCGAACGUCGCUUCGAAGAGCUGAAGAGGAUUGUGAACGUCAAUUCGAAGGGUGUCCUGAUCUUGGGAUUCCAUGGAAUGGGAGGAAUCGGCAAGACAACCCUUGCCAAGGCUCUUUACAACAAGCUCGUGGUUCACUUCCGACGCCGCAGCUUUGUUCCAAAGAUAAGAGAGGCUUCCCGGAUGGAAGGUGGCUUAAAAUCUCUCCAAGCCAAACUGAUCAGUGAUCUUACCUCAAGUAAGGAGUCAGGACAGCGAAUCGAGAAUGUUGGAGCCGGCAUCAAUCUGAUAAGAAGUCUAGUGUUCGAGGAACCCGUUUUCAUUGUGCUCGAUGAUGUGGACGAUAUAAGGCAAAUUAAGGCACUGGCCGGUAGUCGAGACUGGUUCUACGAAGGAACUCGAAUCAUCGUGACCACAAGAGACAAAGAGGUCCUCCCGGAGAGCAUAGUGAAUGUGUUUUAUGAGGUGAAGGAGUUGACUUCCCCAGAGGCACUUCAGCUGUUCAGUCUCCAUGCCUUUGGAAGGGACCAACCGACUAAAAGUUUAAAGGGCGUGGCAGAGAAAAUUGUGGCUCUCACGGGGGGACUCCCGCUGGCUCUGGAAGUAUUUGGAUCCUUCUUGUAUGACAAGAGGAGGGCAGAGGAAUGGCAAGAUGCAUUGCAGAAGCUGGGACAGAUUCGACCCGGCCAUUUGCAAGAUGUUCUUGGGAUAAGCUUUAAUGCGCUCGAUGACCAAGAGAAGUGUGUUUUCCUCGAUAUCGCAUGCUUCUUCGUUCAGAUGAAGAUGACUAGAGAAGAUGCUAUAUAUGUAUUGAGGGGUUGUGGUCUAAAUCCUGAGAUAACAAUUAAGGUUCUAAUAGCAAAAUCGCUUCUUAAAAUCAUUGAGGAUGGCGUCUUGUGGAUGCAUGACCAAAUAAGGGACAUGGGAAGAGAUAUUGUUCAGCAAGAAAACUAUGAACACCCUAGUAUGCGCAGCAGAUUAUGGGACCGCGAUGAAAUCCUCACAGUUCUGAAGAACAAGAAGGGAACAAGAAAUAUUCAGGGAAUUGCAUUGGACAUGGGAAAAAGGGAGGAGAUAAGCACAACAGCUCUACUAAGACAUUACUUCAUUUUGCACCGCUCUUUUCAGUCAGCAUUUGCAUACUUCAGGGAAAUGUGCAAGAAAUGUUUUCCCCGGAAGCAAGACAAUGAUAAGGUGGUGACUCUGCAAACUACUUGUUUUACACAGAUGGUCGACCUUAGGCUGCUUCAAAUUAAUUAUGUGGCACUGGAUGGAGGUUUCAAGCAUAUACCAGCAGAACUGAAGUGGCUUCAGUGGAAAGGUUGCCCUCUGAAGACAUUUCCUUUCGACAGUUGCCCCCAGGAUCUUGCAGUCCUUGACCUCCCAGAAAGCAAAAUCACUAGUAUGCUGGAGCGGAGACAUUCUAAGAAACAGUUGGCUAAGAAAUUGUUGGUCAUGGAUCUCCGUGAUUGCUAUGACCUUACUGAUAUCCCCAAUUUAUCUGGGUUUGAUAUCUUGGAGAAACUGAUUCUUGUGCGUUGCAAAGGACUUCUGAAGAUUCAUAAGUCAGUCGGUGACCUGACCAAGUUGAAAUAUUUGAACCUCAGUGACAGCUCCAAUCUUUUGGAAUUCCCAAGUGAUGUCUCUGGAUUGAAAUGUCUUGAAACACUUGUCCUCUCUGGUUGUUCAAAGCUCAAGGAACUGCCGACAGACCUUAGUGGGAUGAGAUCUUUGAAGGAGCUUUUCAUUGAUUACACGGCGAUAAAGCAACUUCCUCAGUCAAUCUUUCGACUCACAAAAUUAGAGAAUUUCAGUUUAAAGAGAUGCACUGCACUGGAACAACUUCCUGAUUGCAUUGGAGAACUGAGAUCUCUAAAGAACAUUGCUCUUGAUGGUUCAGCAAUCAAAGGACUUCCAAGUUCAAUAGAGUCUUGGACAGAGCUUGAGAAACUAAGUCUUGUGUUGUGCAGAUCGCUUACGACACUUCCUGAUACUAUUGGGAAUCUCAGAUCAUUGACACAUCUUUUCCUUGGUUGCAGUUCACUGACACAGCUACCUGCUUCUGUGGGUCACUUAUCCCAGUUAAAAUGCCUAUCCCUCAAUCUUUGUAAACAUCUAAGCCAAUUGCCUGACACAAUUGGUGGCUUGUCAUCUUUGGUUUGGUUUAAUUUAGACGGGACAGCAAUUGAAGAAGUUCCUAGUCAGGUUGGGGCUUUGAACAUGCUCGAAAAACUUGAGAUGAGAUCGUGUCAUUUGCUAAAAACAUUACCAGAGUCCAUUGGAAAUAUGUUGAGCCUGACCGAUCUGUUCUUGGAUGACACCAUGAUAACAUCACUGCCAGAGUCCAUAGGAAUGCUUGAAAGGCUUCGCACCUUAAGACUAAGUCAAUGCGCAGAACUCCGGCAACUACCUGCUUCACUUGGGAAGUUGAAAAGUCUGGUUUACUUAGUAAUGUCAGGAACUUGUGUCACAGAAUUACCCCAAGAAUUUGGGAUGCUCACAAGCCUGACGUCAUUAAAAAUGAGAAAAAAGCCAAAUAGAGGACAGCCUCUAAAACAUAUCGUUCUUCCAGAGUCCUUUGCAAAUCUCUGUUCCUUGAAAGAGAUGGAUGCUCAUGCUUGGGGAUUUUCAGGAAGCAUCUCUGAUAAUUUUGAAAGGUUGUCAUCCUUGGAAGAUUUGAAUUUGGGUCGUAACGAUUUGUCUAGCUUGCCAUCCAGUCUGGGGGGCCUUGUGCUUCUGAAAAAACUCAAUUUGUCUUAUUGUAACAAGCUCACAUAUCUGCCUCCACUUCCCUCGAGCUUGCUUGAGUUGAAUAUGGCAAACUGUACUGCAUUGGAGAGUAUAUAUGACUUGACAAAUGUAAAGGGUUUAAAGGAGCUGAAUUUUACCAGUUGCAGCAAUUUAGUUGACAUCCCCGGUCUCCAGGAAUUGAAGUCUCUAAGACGUUUAUUCUUGGGUGGUUGCAAGGCAUGCUUCCCAGCAGUGAAGAGAAGAAUUGAAAAGGUUGCUUUAAAGCAUUUGUACAACUUGAGUGUUCCUGGGAGUGAGAUUCCACUAUGGUUUUCUCAGGAAGUUUCUCAUUUUACUGCUCCAAAGAACCGUGAGAUUAGAGGAAUAAUUUUCGCUGUUGUUGUCUCUCUGGAAAGUGUAAACCCGGGAAACAUUCCACUACCAGCACUUGUGGACAUUAAAGGAAGGCUUCUCAGGCUUGAAGAUGCAAUACACACCACGGUAUUAAACCUGAUGGGGGUCCCAGACACAAGUGAGGACCAGCUUUACUUGAUUAGAUUUCCGGAAUUCAAGCCAAUGGUUCGGAUGAUAAAAGAAGGAGACAGGAUAGAUAUAGUGCUGCGAGACCCGCCCUAUUUUCCUGGCCUCUCACUGAAAAAGCGCGGGAUUUAUCUGGUUUUCGAGAACGAUGAUGAUUAUGAUGGUAAUGAAGAAUGGUUGGAGGAAUCCCAGCAGUCAGUGUCUCAGAAACUGGCCAAGUUCCUCAGUUCCUUGUGAAAUAUAUCUUUCUUUAUCCUCACAAUAGAGUGACAAAAAGCUACUCUAAACUUCUACUUUAGAAACUCUUUCGUCACUCCACCACUUCACAACAUGCCUCUAUCGGCAAUAUUUGGUCCAGGGUUCAUUCCAAGAGUAGAAAGGAAUUGUUUAUGUAAGGUGAUGGUACACGUUUUCUUGCAAAUGGCUUUUGCUUACAGAAUAGAGUAGGAUACUGCUCCGACACAUA